GUAGACUCACCUGUGCCCAGCUGUGUGUCUAUGAAGAGUGACAGUUCAAUGGAGAUACCAAUAAAAUUCAAAGGAGACUUCACAGGUGAUCCAAGGGUCCAGCUGGAAAGAGCAGGCUCACCUGUGCCUAGCUGUGUGUCUGUGAAGAGCAACAGUUCAAUGGAAAUACCAAUAAAAUUCAAAGAGUUCACAGGUGAUCCAAGGGUCUAUCAGUCAGCUGAGUCCAGAUGCUUAGAGAAAAGAGAUGACUGCAUGGAAUUAACCCUCACAAAAAAGUCACUGCAGCACACUCUGGAGAAGCUGAAGGACGAGUCAAAACUGUUUAAGAGUCAUCUGACUGCACUAACAUCAAAAGAUUUCCAGAACAAUGAGAUCUGGAAUGAUGUUACAAAGUCAACAUUAGUGGAUGUGCUGCUGACAAACCUCAUUAUGGGGAAUUUGCUUCCCUCUGCUCUCCUCUGGAUCACCUCCCGACCAGCAGCAGCCAAUCAGAUCCCUCCUGAGUGUGUCCACCGAGUGACAGAGGUACGAGGGUUCAAAGAUCCGCAGAAGGAGGAGUACUUCAGGAAGAGAAUCAGUGAUCAGAACCUGGCCAGCAGAAUUAUCUCACACAUAACGUCAACCAGGAGUCUCUACAUCAUGUGCCAAAUUCCAGUCUUCUGUUGGAUUUCUGCUACUGUUCUGGAGCAACUGAUGGGUGGAGCUGGAUGUGGAAACAUCCCCAAAACUCUGACAGAAAUGUACACACAUUUUCUGCUCAUUCAGAUUAUUGUGAAGGAUAAGAAGUUUCAAUGCACUAAUGAGACAGAUAAUGACAUCAUCCUGAAACUGGGGAAGCUGGCUUUUCAACAGCUUGAAAAGAGCAAUCUGAUAUUUUAUGAGGAGGACUUGAGAGAGUGUGGCAUUGAUGUCACUGAAGCUUUAGUGUUCUUGGGGCUGUGCACAGAAAUCUUUAAACAGGACACCGGGUUAUUUCAGGAGAAUGUUUACUGCUUUGUGCAUCUGAGCAUUCAGGAGUAUCUGGCUGCCUUGUUUGUGCUUCAUUCAUUUGUAAAUGAAAGCAGAAAUGUACUUAAACCAGAUGAAGCAAAACCUCAAGGUGAAAGAAUGCAACUGUCUGAAUUGCACAGGAGUGCAUUGGAUCAGGCCUUACAGAGCAAGAAUGGACACCUGGACCUUUUCCUGCGGUUCCUUCUUGGCCUCUCCCUGGACUCCAAUCAGAGCCUUCUGCAAGGCCUUCUGACACACACAGGAAGCAGAUCACAUGCACCUGACCCACAGACAGGAAGCAAGUCACAGACUAUUAAGGAAACAGUGGAGUACAUUAAGGAGAAGAUCAGAGAGACAUCUUCAGCAGAGAGGACAUUCAAUCUGUUCUACUGUCUGAGUGAACUGAAUGACAACUCUCUAGUGGAGGAAAUCAAGACUUCCCUGAAAUCAGGAACACUUUCUGAUAAAAAGCUGGAACCACACCAAUGUUCAGCUCUGGCCUUUGUGUUACUGAUGUCAGAGGAGGUUCUAGAUGUGUUUGACCUCAAGAUGUACAACACAGCAGCAGCAGGUCAUCAGAGACUGGUGCCAGUAGUCAAGAACUGCAGGAGGGCCAUACUGGACAGUUGUGAUCUCACAGGGGAGUCAUGUGAUACUAUGGCCUCUGCUCUCCAGUCAGUCCCAUCACACCUGAUAGAGCUGGACCUCAGCUACAAUAACCUGGGAGAUGCAGGAGUGCAGCUGCUCUGUGCUGGACUGAAGAGUCCAAACUGUAAACUACAGAGACUGAGACUGGCCAGCUGCUAUGUCACAGAAAGGUCAUGUGACACUAUGGCCUCUGCUCUCCAGUCAGUCCCCUCUCACCUGAUAGAGCUGGACCUCAGCUGCAAUAACCUGGGAGAUUCAGGAGUGGAGCAGCUCUGUGCUGGACCGAAGAGUCCAAACUGUAAACUACAGAGACUGAGGCUGUCAGGCUGUCGAGUCACAGAGAGAGGAUGUGCUUCUCUGGCUUCAGCUCUGUGUUCAAACCCCUCACACCUGAGAGAGCUGGAUCUGAGCUACAAUCACCCAGGGGACUCAGGAGUGAGAGUCCUCUCUGCUAGACUGGAGGAUCCCAGCUGUAAACUGGAGACCCUGCUACUGUCAGGCUGUCAAGUCACAGAUAGAAGCUGUGUUUUUCUGGCUUCAGCUCUGCAUUCAAACCCCUCACACCUGAGAGAGCUGGAUCUGAGCUACAAUCAGCUAGGAGAUUCAGGAGUGAGAGCACUCUGUGCUGGACUGCAGAACUGCUGCUGUAAACUGGAGACCCUGAUGCUGUCAGGCUGUCGAGUCACAGAGAGAGGAUGUGCUUCUCUGGCUUCAGCUCUGUGUUCAAACCCCUCACACCUGAGAGAGCUGGAUCUGAGCUACAAUCACCCAGGGGACUCAGGAGUGAGAGUCCUCUCUGCUAGACUGGAGGAUCCCAGCUGUAAACUGGAGACCCUGCUUGUGGACCAUGGAGGAGAGAACAGGAACAAACCAGGACUGAGGAAAUAUGCCUGUCAGCUCACACUGGACCCCAACACGUUAUGUAGAAAGCUGUCUCUGUCAGAGGGGGAGAGGAAAGUGAAAUGGGGAACAAGGAAGUGGCCAUAUCCUGAUCACCCAGAGAGAUUUGACUUCUGGCCCCAGGUGCUGUGCAGAGAGGGUCUGUCUGGGACUCAAUGUUACUGGGAGGCAGAGUGGAGUGGAAGAGGGUGGCUUCGUAUUGCAGUGACAUAUAAAGGAAUCGGCAGGAAAGGAGAGAGUGAUGACUGUGAAUUUGGACUGAAUAGGAACUCCUGGAUUCUGGAAUGCUCUAAUGGCCAUUACUCUGCCUGUCACAAUAAGAAGGUCACAGUCAUACCCGCCCCCACAUCUCCCUCCCACAGAAUAGGAGUGUAUCUGGAUUGGCCAGCUGGCACUCUGUCCUUCUACAGUGUCUCCUCUGACACACGGAGCCUCCUUCGGAGAUUCCACAGCACUUUCACACAACCCCUCUAUCCUGGGUUUGGACUGUGGCCUAACUCAUCUGUGUCCCUGUGCCAGCUGCAGUAGUGCCCUGUAU